ACCAGUUCCAAAACCCCCAAAUCAAACUCGGGUUAUUUUUCUUCUUCUUGUUCCCCAAAUUAAAUUAGGGUUUUCUUAUUUCUUCCGCAUAUCAAAUAAAAUAAAAUCAAAUCAGUUUGAAGGAAGAACGAGCGAUGUCAAAUAAGAAGAAGACGACGACGGCGUGGCGUCAUAUGUAUCUAAAAUUGCACGACGGUCCGGUGAUGGUGGAUGAGACUCUUACGAUGGAAUCGGAUCUGCUCCGUCGCUUUUACGAGUCUGAAUAUCACGGCUUGUUGUCCCUCAAAAUCAAAAACAGCAUCUAUAAAAAAGUAAUCGAAUUCUGUAAGAAACGCGCAGAGAUCAGAAUCCAGCAUUCGAAUUCUGAUAAUGACGAAAAAGUCCUCCAAGACAAGUUGAAGGAUUUUGAUGCCGAGUUUAUCAAACAGUUCUAUCAGAGUAAUGAUGAGAAUGCUAUCCUUUAUCUUAUGGAUGCUGCUUGCAAGUUGGUGAUCACUAGCCUGUUGGACUUGCUGUUGGACGAUAUUGUUGAAAUAAUCAGUCGCAAGAGUCCUGAAGAUAUUAAAAAUUUCUUCUUCGUCCAUUAUAAUGGAAAUGAUCGUUUGUUUAACAACAUGAAGGAAAUCCUUACUCUUACCCGUUGGGUCUUGAAAUAAUAAUAAAUCAUCCUUUUUUUUUUCUUUUUUUUCUGUAUUCCACACUAAAAUUACUAAAUAUAUUAGUAAAUUUACCUUGAUAAACCUAUUAAGACGAUAAAUAUUUUUGUUUUUAA